UAACACACAAACUAGCAACCAAAAAAACAUAAACACAAAGAUGAGUCUUCAACACUUUAGCCAUCAACAUCCACUGGUGUUCAUUGAAAGCCAGGGCCACGAAAUCGAAAAGGUGAAUUGCUCAGGAUGUGGAGAGUUAGUGUCAGGUUCCAGCUUUGGUUGUGUGGAGUGUGGGUUUUACCUACACAAGCAGUGCGCUAAGGCACCUGUUGAGAUGGAUCACCCUUUCCAUCGCAACCACAACCUUAAUCUUCUUGCAAGGAAUCCAUACAAGACCGGCAUGGGCACCUGCGAUUUCUGCGAAAAACCCUGUGAGAAUUUUGUUUAUCAUUGUUCUUGCAAUUUAAACUUUCACAUCAAAUGUGCAUUAUUUUCUUAUAGCAUUGCUGAGAAAAGGAAUGCAGAGUUUCAAGACAUUCCCCGUAUAGAUCCAUCCAUCAAUACAGGAAAUGUUACUGAAGAACUCAAAAAUGCUGAAUGUUUUGCUUGUUGGAAGCCAUUAUUAGAUUCUGUAUACUUUUCUCCUAAUUGUGGCUUUUACCUGCAUGCAAAAUGUGUUGAUCUACCAGCAGAAAUCAAUCACCUCUUCCACCAAGAACAUCCUCUCUUUUUACAAUUUAACAGUCAAAGACUCUCCUGCAAGAUUUGUCAAAAACCCCAACGUCGGGGAUUUGUUUAUUCUUGUUCACUUUGCAAAUUUGCCCUUCAUGUCCAAUGUGCCACAAUACCUACCAAAAUCAAUCAGCCUUUCCAUCGCAAACAUCCUCUUAUUCUUCAAUCUGUCGACGAAUGUCUUCCUUGUCAAAUAUGCCAAGAAACCACCAACCUUAAUGAUGUCGUGUAUUUUUGUUCAAUUUGCAAGUUUGUCCUUCAUAUUAGGUGUGUGUCAUCACCACCGAUUAUAGAAGAUAAACUUCAUCAUGAACAUCCAUUUACCCUAUUGCCAAGACAAGUCUCAUUUUGUGAUGCUUGUGGCACUUUAGGGAAUUAUGUUCCUUAUCUUUGUUCCACAUGCGGUAUUUUUGUCCAUAAAAAUUGCAUUUCAGUGCCACGUAUCAUCAAAUUCUAUCGACAUCAGCACCGCAUUGCCCACACAUAUUUCCUGGACCAAAAUGAAUCUGAAUCGUGGGAAUGUAGAUUUUGCUUAGAGGAGGUGAAGAAAGAGCAUGGGGGUUACUUUUGUUCCAAAUGCAAUUACAUAGUCCAUGUAAAGUGUGCAACAAAAAACAGUCGUUGGUAUUACGAGGUUGACUCUACAGAACCAGAAGAGGAGACGGACUCAGAUGAACCUGUCGAUUUGAGAGAAAUUCAUCCGCAUAACUUAAUACUGAGUGGAGACAUUAGGGAUUUUAAACAAUGCGACGGUUGCCUACUUCCCAUCGAUACUUCUUAUCGUUACUGUUCGCAAUGUGAUUUCUUCCUCCACAAAGCAUGUGCUGCAUUACGUGCGAAGAAGCAUGUUUGGUUUCACUAUUGCCAAAAGCUUGUUAAACUUACUUCUGGUUGCAUUUUUAAAUGUACGGUUUGCUACAAUGAAACAAGUGGCUUUGCCUAUACCUGUGGUAAAUGCGGAGAAAGUUUUUGUUUGCGAUGUUCUUUGCUUUCUGAUAUGCCCAAAUGUGAAGGACAUGAACAUCGCCUCCUUCCCUUUAUAAGCAAGAAUAAAGAAUUGUGUAGAGGUUGUGGUAAGUCUGCACAUAAAUUAUUCACUUGUAAGAUUUGCAAUUUUAAUUUGGACAGGACCUGUUUUAAAUUGCCUCUUACAGCUCAACAUAGUUCUGAUGUACAUCCUUUCAAACUCACUUAUCACGAGAAUGAUGAAAAUUAUUCAGAAGGUCAUUAUUGUGAUAUUUGUGAAGAGGAAAGGAAUCCCAAAUAUUGGUUUUAUCAUUGUUCAGCUUGUAACACUUCAGCUCAUCCCAAAUGUGUUCUUAAAGAAUAUCCACUUAUCAAGCCUGGGACCAUCUACAAAGAAGAAGAUCAUCCACAUCAUCUCACUUUUGUCAAAAGGGUUGAGUUCUAUCCAGAAUGUCAUAGAUGUGGUAAACACUGCCUUGAUCUGUCCCUUCAAUGUAAGAAAGUUGGAUGCAGCUAUAUUAUUCAUUGGAAGUGUAGAGUAGACAACAUAUAUUGAUAUAUGUGUCAAAACUAUCAAAUACUAAUAUUUUAAAAAAAUCAAUGAAAAAUCCAAAGAAUGUAAA